AUGCAAGUGUCCCUAAUCAAGCACCUGACGAAUGCCGAAACCCGAUUUGUUUGGUUAAGGGGCUCUCCUGGAACAGGGAAAACUGCAAUUUCUAUGAGUGUCUCAUCUACUCUUGAGGAACAGGGUACUCUGGCCGCCUCAUUCUUCUGGGAUAAAACCCGGACAGGAUCGGGGUUGGAUUCUCUUGAACUAUUCCCCUCUACCCUUUCCCGCCAACUUGCAUCCUUCAACGAGGACUUCAGAUUGUCGCUCGUCAGACGCCUUCGGCAACCAGGUUUGGAGUUAGUCCAGGAUUUCCCCCUGGGAAAACAAAUUAAAACUCUGAUAAUCGAGCCGAUGCGUGACCUGAAGGACAUUUAUCCUCCAGGUAAGGAUCGCUUGGUCAUCGUCUUGGAUGGUCUCGAUGAAUGC